CUCUCAGUUCUUCUAUUUCCAUGAUUCCCUCUCUCUUCUUGCUGCAUUUUUAUCACUGCGCAUUGCUUCAAUGCACGUAAUCGCGUGUUAAAUACAUGAUUUUCGUUAUGUCCUACAAGCGGCGUAUUCGCCGGGGAUUCUGAUCCAUUCAGAUCCAUUGCCGACCGUAUUCUCGCGGUAAUCUGUGUCAAUCUCGUCGAAGAUUCGCACUACCGCUCACGUUGCUUUCUUCACAGACCUUUUUCCCCGUCGAGUAAAAACGGAUUCGUCGUCCUUGCACGAUGGUGAAAUAUUAUGAGAACAUCACAGUCUUCAAGUUCGAUUGGACACAGGUCGUUCGAGGAUUCUUUCAGAGAUAUCCGAAUCCGCACAGUUCACACGUUCUCACCGAGGAUACGAUCUCCAGAGAAGUUAAAAAUGGAAAGCUCUACUCCAAGCGGCUGCUGACGAAAACCAACAGAGUACCCAAAUGGGGUGAAAGAUUUGUUAGUAAAAACAUUGUAAAAAUCGUGGAAGAGAGUAUUGUUGAUCCAGAAGCAAAGACUCUGACUACGUAUACAAGGAAUUUGGGAUACACCAAAGUUAUGAGUAUUGUCGAGAAAGUGGUUUAUCAAAUCUCUGAUGAAAAUCCAGACUGGACAAUUGCAAAGAGAUCGGCAUGGAUAGACAGUCAAGUCUUUGGUUUCAGCAGAGCAAUUCAAGCCUUUGGCUUAGAUCGGUUUAAAAAGAAUUGCGCCAAAAUGUCGGAGGGCUUCAAUUACGUUCUUGCAAAUAUGUUUCCUCAUACAACACAGUUUCUAAAUCCAAAUCUAUCUCAGACGAGUUUUUCGGUGCAAGCCGGCCACAGCACUGCAGAUGAUGGUGUUACGAUAAAGCCGAGCCUUGCAGAGGACUUACAGCAUUCUUUACAGGGUAAAGCAGAGAAGGUCAAAGACGCUGCUAAGAAAGCCACGGAUUUAGCAAAGGAAAAAGCAAGACCAAUAUAUGCGGCCUGUCAACCAAAUCAAUCGUAAAUUUAUAUAUUCCACAAACGCAAAGCGUGAAACCGUAUUAUUGAAUAAUAUCGUUUAGCGAUGGAAAUAUUCUCGAAUAACACGGUAUUAUUGAUGUAUCUUGAACAAAACAAUGGUAAAGCUUUAGAGACUAGUUCGAGAGUGCAGUUAUUUGUAUAUUAAUUAAUAGGCACAGUUUAAUGACACAGUGCAAAAGAUUUAGAAAGUUGGUUGAUUGAACAACACAUAAUGAAACUUGAGAAAAUUUGUUAGACUUGAUAGCACAAGAUUCUCAUCGUAACAUUUAUACAUAUGUAAAAUUUGCUAAAGUUUCACGAGUCUGAUCCACUUGUAAUGUUACCAUUCCUUUUAACUGCCAAAUUGUUAAGCAUGCUAUCAAAUGUGAUACAUGCUUGCAUCAGAAAUGAGCAUUAAAUUAUUUAUUCAUUUUUUACACAUAAAAACAUUUUCUAUUUCUUUCACAAUCGUGAAAUAUCUCUUGUAUAUAUACAAGAUUUGCAAGAAGUAUUCCGAUGUGCUUGUCAAUGUGUUUCAGCACUCAUUCGCGCAUUUCGUGCAUACAGCGCAUACCUAAAGCUUGCAAUUGACUAUUGUAAAGAACAGCAUUUCAUACGCAAUUAUUAAUGCCAAUGAAAACAAUUACAUACGUUACAAAUAUACAUUUAAAUAGAUAAUUUUACAAUAAAUUUUUUCUCUGUUAAUAUAAUAAAUGUAGUUUGUAGAUAUGCGUCGGGGCACGGAUAGUGUCAAUUGACCAAUUGCAAUUGACCACUGCAAGUUACUGAAAGACUUGAUUCCAUACAUUAUCAAUGUAUCAUAAUUUCAGUAUAUG